UGUGUUUUAGUUUCUUGCAUCACAAACUAACACACAAUAAAUGAAAGGCAAGCAACUGAGGCAAAGGUUCAUGCCGCUGCUUCUGGCCCCAGCAUCUGUAGUCGUCUUGUCUGAUGCUUGACUUUUUUGGAUGUCUGGACUAAUCCUGGCUGAAUCAUGUCGGACAGUAUAAUGGAGGAAAUCUUCAUUAAACGAUCUCAGCAGAAGAAAAAGACCUCACCUCUGAAUUACAAGGAGAGAUUGUUUGUUCUCACCCAGGAAAAGAUAGCCUAUUAUGAUUUUGAUCCAGAAAAAGGGAAGCGAAAAGGUCUGAGAGGAUCAGUGGACCUUGAGAAGAUCAAGUGUGUAGAAAAGGUCCAGCCAGAGCCCAACACCCCACAAGAGCGCAUGUAUGCAUUCCAGAUUAUUUAUGAUGAGGGGCCGCUGUACGUUUUUGCAAAGACUGAGGAUGUCCGGGCGCAGUGGAUAAAGAAGCUGAAAGAAAUGGUGCGUUUCAACAAGGACCUCAUGCAGAAGUAUCAUCCUUGUUCCUGGAUGGAUGGGGUGUGGCUAUGCUGCCAUCAGGAAGUUAAACAAGCCAUGGGCUGCAAAGUGCUCGAUAACAAAAACGGCUUCACAUCAAAGCAAUCACGACGAAGGGGCUCUAGGAAACCUCUUCCUCCAACCCCAACAGAGGAGAAACCUGGUCGACCCUUACCUCCACAGCCUCCUGAACCUUCUGGCCCCUCUGUAGGCAUGACUGUGAUAGCAGAGUAUGACUACACCCCCAUGUCAACCCAGGACUUGGAGCUGAGGAAGGACGAAGAGUACACCAUCCUGGAGAUGUCCGACACCAACUGGUGGAGAGCCAAAGAUAAAUAUGGAAAGGAAGGAUACAUACCUAGUAAUUAUGUUGUCGAAGCGGAAAGUGGACUAGAAAGAUUUGACUGGUAUUGCAAGAGUAUGAACCGUAGCCAGGCAGAAGAGCUGUUAAAAACGGAGAACAAGGAUGGAGGGUUCUUGGUACGGGACUCAAGCAAGGCUGGGAAAUACACCGUGUCUUUGUUCAGUAAGGGUGGUGGGGAAACUGGUGGAAGCUGCAGACAUUAUAACAUCUGCACCACCUGUCAGGGCCAGUUUUACCUGGCAGAGAAGCAUCAUUUCAGCAGCAUCCCAGACCUCAUCAACUACCACCAGCACAAUGCAGCAGGUAUGGUUAGCAGGCUGAAAUACAUUGUAACAAACCGGGCAAGACCUCCAUCAACAGCAGGACUUGGCUAUGGUGUGUGGGAGAUUGACCCCCGUUACCUGACCUUCAUCAAGGAGCUGGGCACUGGUCAGUUUGGAGUGGUAAAGUAUGGAAAGUGGCAGGGCCAGCAUGAUGUCGCCAUCAAAAUGAUUAAAGAGGGCUCCAUGUCUGAAGAUGAUUUCAUAGAAGAGGCCAAAAUCAUGAUGAAGCUUCGCCACGAGAACUUGGUUCAGCUUUAUGGAGUGUGCACCAAACAAAGACCCAUUUAUAUAGUGACUGAGUUCCUCUCCAAUGGCUGUCUGCUAACAUACCUCAGGGAGGGCCUGAAGCAGCACCCGACAGUUGUCCAGCUCCUGGAGAUGUGUAAAGACGUCUCUGAGGGCAUGGCCUACCUUGAAUCCCAGCAGUACAUCCACAGAGAUCUGGCUGCCAGGAACUGCUUAGUAGAUGGCAAUGGCACAAUCAAAGUGACUGACUUUGGACUUUCAAGGUAUGUCUUAGAUGAUGAGUACACAAGCUCAGCAGGUUCAAAGUUCCCUGUUCGCUGGUCACCUCCUGAGGUCCUCCUCUACUGCAAAUUCAGCAGCAAGUCAGACAUAUGGGCAUAUGGGGUCCUUAUGUGGGAGGUGUACACUUUGGGGCGGCUUCCGUAUGAACGACUCAACAAUAACGAAAUAGUGGAACAGGUGUCCAGAGGCCUGCGCCUCUACCGCCCCCAGCUGGCCAAUGAGAAGGUCUACAGCGUUAUGACAAGCUGUUGGUUUGAUAAAGCUGAUGAGAGACCCAACUUUGAGGAGCUGGUAGUAACAGUACAGGAUUUGUUGUAUGAGCUGCAGUAAAUUUCUGUAAUUAACUGGCACAAUACAGACAUUUCACUGAGAUCAGUUUUAAAAUAGGGCCGAGGAGUCUAACUCAGUCCCUUUGUCAUGUAAUCAGGCGGCUUACCAAAAUGAUGGCGAUACGCCUGACAAAAGCACCAAGUGUUUUCCACAGUCUCCAUCACCAUAGCUUUCAAUUUGGGAGGGAGCCACUUCAUCACGAUGGCGGUUCCAAGAUGGCGGCCAUGUGAAAUCGUUAAGUGCCAAUAUGUCUUCCAAGCCACAAAAGUCAAUCUUGUUGUCAAUAUUUACAUUUUCUGGGUCAAGGAAUGCUUUAAAAUGUCAUGAGAUGAUUAUUUGUGCCAAGAUCAAAUACAUAUGUUAAUUUUGACAAUGUAUUACAUCAUUUUCAUUGGGUCCUAGGCAGUUGGACAUUGGCACUUAGCGAUUUCACAUGGCCGCCAUAUUGGAACCACCAUCUUGAUAAAGUGCCCCCCCCCCAAAAAAAAAAGAAAAAAGAAAAGAAAAAUUGAAAGCUCUGGUGAUGGAGAAAAAAUGUGGUGCUUUUGUCAGGCAUGUCCCCAUUCUUCCCAAAUCUGGUCCUAAGCCGCCUGACUAAUGUUAAUAUCAUUCACGUGAAAGUCACUGGGUCUAGCUCAAUGUUUAGAAUAGCUCUUCUAAAACUAGCGUUUUAUAUGUGAAUAUUUUAUUGAAGUUUAUUGGAUUAAAAUAAAUUGUAUCUGACUUUUAUUGUAUUCUGUAUAUUGUGUAUGAAUUGCAAAAUGUGAAGACUUGUGUAUAAGUAAACAUGUUGUGUGAGAAAACAUCUAUAUUUCAAAAAUAAAAGCCACUAGGCCUA